GGCGGAAUCUAGGCACACUUCCCCUCCCUUGUCUUCCGUAAAAAACCGUAUUAAACCUAGUCACAGAUGAAGUUCUGCGAGCAGCUUCUCAGGAGGUAGAACGACAUUUAGUCCGAUUUAAGUUCGAAACACGCCUCAGCUUGACGUGGAUGAACUACAGAGUAGAAGCGCAAGUGCUAUAACUACCUCCACACAAGACCGCAACGUCAUCGAAGCAGUACUAUGCCUCCCAAAUUGAAGCCGCUCCAAGUGUCCCGCGACACCAAUGUCGCGGCCAACACGAAGAAGGAAAAAGCGAAGGAAAACCCGAACACGUUGAUCGACAAUCUCGUGAAGCAAAAGGAAUUGGACGAUUGGAAGGAAAAGACCCGGAACCUAUCGUUCAAGGAUAAGUUUCUGGAAUUUACAAAAUCGCAGCGCAGCCCAGCGGAACUGCUGGACGAUGACUUCUUCAAGCAGUUCCCAAGGCUAAUCCUCGGCUGCUGGCAGUUACGGGAGGAAAACACAAAAGAGAUUGUGAAGCUGAACACAAAACAGAAGUUCAACAACGAGCAUUUGUUCAACGGGAAAAUUUUACCGACCGAUAUCACAGGAAAAAAGUGUAUACAGUUACACAAUUGUUCUUGGAGUUUCUGCAUCACAAACUUGCUCGGCAUGGCCAAGAAAACCUGUGAUGCGCUGACUAUAAGGGAAAACACGAAUGAAAUGAGGCUGGCAAGCAUUUCCUGCAUGACAGAGGUGGUUUGUCUUGCUUGUCUUCCAUCAGAGUGUGUAACUGUAAGAAACUUUUUUCUCAGGAUAACCGAGGAUAAGAACACUGUGCCGUCCAACGAUUCGAAGUUGUUGACGAGUCAGGAUUAUCCUGUGCAAAAGUAUCGUACUCGUAGUAAUAGUAAUUGUAAUUAUGCAUUACAAAUGUUUUUCCUAAGGUAAAUCAGCAUCAGAAAUUCCAUUUCUCAUGCUGAGAAAAUUUGUAAUGCAAUCCAUACUAGUACGACUAUGAUGCUUGUUUUGCAAUUCAUAAGGAUUUCCAGACCAACAACCGGUACAGAGAAGCGCUGGAGACGAUAUUACAGCAUUUGGAAAUUGGGGUGCGAUGUUUCGACUCAACCGACGCGUAUGGGGGCGCGGAGGAGUUGUUGGCCGAGGCGGUGAGCUACUGGAAAAAAGAAGUGAAGAACAGAAAUGCUAGCAGUUCUAAUGCAUCUUCGGGAACCUCCGAAGAGGAGAAGAUGACAAAGAAAAGUAAAGCCCUAUCUGACAUCCAAAUCUUCACCCGCUUGGACUCCCGACACCUCGAGAAGGCGCAUAAAGUGGUGGAGUUUUCGCUGAAGGCACUGAAGUUUGGGAACCGCGCCACGUUGUUGGAUUCGUUGGAACGGAAAAAACCUUAUUACCAGAAAUUGAUGGAAAGGGAGAACAUCGAGGGGAUAGACUUGCUCCAAUACGCGUUCAACGGUGACGCCGGGGACUACACGGAUCCAGACAGAAGUCCAACCAGGGAAUACACGGAUCCGGCGCUGUUCGGUUUGGGGAUAGAUUUGGAUGGAAAAACAAGUUCUUCGGGAGGUAGCUCCAGACAGACAACGAGCUCGAGGAGAAGUAAUGGUGGAAAUAAUAGGAACAGCAAGCCGCGGGACAAACCUGGACUGGGAGCCACGGCUGAGGAACUGACCCCGGAGGAACAGAGACAGAACGAAAAUAAGUCCCACUUGGUCGGGUUCCUCGAACCGAUGCGGAUUCUUCACCAUUUGAAAAAAACCUCCCGGAUUAAGCAAAUUGGACUAUCCAAUUUCGACACCGACCGGUGUCGGGAAAUGCUGUUGUUGGGUUGCCAGGUGCGGACCAACCAGAUCCAGUUUUCCAUGAUCGAUCGGCGGGCGGAAUUUUCCGGCUUGCUAAAACUCUGCCGGGAAUUCCGCGUGAAAUUACUGAUCUACGGCGCGUUAAUGGGGGGUUGGCUGACGGACCGGUUUUUAAACUGCAUAUCAACAUGAAAAAUCCCCCCUCCCCAUAUCAAAAUAAAAAUUUGCGAUGCUGAUUUGCAGUCACAAAUCAUCUUUGUCUUGCCUACAGGGCAAUAGGAGACAUGUGGCGCAUUCCAAAGCCAGUCUGUCAUGCGCUUUCGGCUACUGCAAACCUGUCUGCCAUGCGUUAUUGCUAGCCUUCUGCAUACCCGAACAGGCUUAUGAAAUGCCGCCAAGCACUUUCUGCAAGCGAAAGCUGAUUUGUGUACGCAAAUCCAGCAUCACAAACUUCGUUUUGAUGUGGGGGGGGAUUUUUCCUCACAAUACUGCAAAAACGACCCCAUGCCGAGGCUGAAGACCCGCGAUAUUGACGAAGGGGGGGUUAAUGUCAAGGGAUUAGGGAAUCGGAAGUGCACAGCAUCUCUGUUGAAGUACCGUCAGGGUUUAUGCAAGAAAAAAACUGUGUAAGUGUAAAUCUGUGAUGCAGAAAAUGCAAAAGCGUUACACUGACUUGUCAUGCUCGACAUGCAUGAUCGUCUCGCUUCCUAUGUGUUUUCCCUUCCUAUCUGCGCAUAACAAGUUUUUCCUGUCAUGGCAGACAAACUUGUGAUGCUGUUUUCCCAACAGACUUCUUAGUACACUGACACAGUUUUUUUCUUGGAUAGGGUUUGGAUUUGUGGAUGCUGGGGGACUGGAAACCGAGGACAACGCUGGACGGGAACGGGUAUCCUCUGUAAAAACGUCCCCACCCCAUAGUCAAGAUGGGGAAUCGGCUAGACAAAUUCACAAGUUUUGGCUGUUUUGCAUGACAAAUUUGGACUCGUAGUCUAGGGCUGUUUGAGCUAGCUCAGCAGCAUCACAGAUCUAGUGGAUCAUGCUGCUUGGAGCAUGACAAAUCUAAAACACGACUAGGAAAUGCUUCUCAUGGGGCUCCGCAUGAGAAACAUUUUCAGCAUGCAGAGUUUGUAUGACUAUGGUGUGGGGGCAUUUUUAAAUACGAUAACGGGUGGGACUUGUUCCAAGAAUUGCUGAAAGUCUUGGAUCAGAUCGCGAAGGAGAAAACAGAAUUGUGGCGGGAGGAGCUAGAUGAAGAUAGAACUAUUUCUCUUGGACAGCAAACCGAAGAAAUGGAAGGGAAACAACAAGACGAAAAAACGGCCGACGGGACUAGUGCGGAAAAUGAAACGCUGGAAGCAAGGGCGGCAAAGCAAAUUGUCGAGAACAAACCAAAAUUUCGCAUUUCCAUCGCCCACAUCGCGAUCCUGUGGGCCAUGCGGAAGAUCGAUACUCUUGCCUACGGCGGCGCGGUGAUUAUCGGGGCGAGGGAUUGCAGGUGGCUACACGAAACGAAGAUUCUGCUGAAGCUUCUGACAGUGAAGGGUGACCGGACGAAAGGGGAAAACAGCUUCAACUACAAGUACACCCUGUCUGACCAAGAUAUGGAGAAAAUCGAAAAAAUCUACAAGCAGGGCGCGGGAACCUACCAGAACCGGGAAAAACGGUAUUUAAAUCUCCAAAAAUCCUACAACUACCGCCCGCCCACGCCGAAUUAUCACGAGAAAUCCUAUUACGACAGAGAGCGAACAAACGUCUACGGGCGGCAAAGGCAAUUGUUGGAAGACGCGGCACGGCGGAAGGACCGGAUGCGAGUGGAGGAACGGGAGGAAAUGCAGGCGGAGUAUCAAAAGCUUUUGGACGAGGCUGAAGCGGCCAAUCGCGAGGAAGAGGAACGUAAGAAAAAAGAGGCGAUUGAGGAGAAUGAUAGGCGGAAGGCGGAAAUUCAGUUGAAUGCCAUGAAGAUGAUGAUGGCAAAGGGAAAAAACAUUUUCGCGGGGAUGAAACUUCCGAGGCGAUAGAGGAAAAUCUUACAGAAAUUUCGGCAUCGGGGGUUCGAUCUAUCGCGGAUUGGAACUACGGUAGGCUGGUCGUGCCAGAAGUUUCUACUAUUAGGCCUGUAAAAAGAACUCGAACUCGAUACCUGCCAGGAUUCGAGAGUAGAUUUAAGAAGCAGACUGCACUUUGCAAGUGCUUACAAGAAGUACUUCGUAGCGCUGUCGACUACGACUCAGUAU